AUGGCCGUGCAGUCUCCUCCUGCGCUGGUCUACUCAGAUGUAAAGCGGCCAAGUUCAGACGGAGAGAGCCGAGCGCCUUCCUUCCCUCCCCCCCCCGCGCGGCUGGAUUGUGCGGCGGAGCGGGAGAGCCCGGCCUCACCGGCGGGGGAGAGACGAGGGGCCUCCUCCCCUAUCCCCUCCUUUAUAGAGCCUCCGGUGUCUCUGGCGGCCGUUCUUUACCUUCACACCAACUGUUUUGAGAUCACCAUCGAAUUGUCCUGUGACAAGUUCCCACACGAGUCGGAGCUGCCCCGGGAAUGGGAGAACAACAAGGAGUCCUUGCUGGUCUACAUGGAGCAGACCCGAAGGGGCAUCAAAGGCAUCGUCCGAGACAAAGACACGGAGCAGGGCAUUGCGGACGCCAUCAUUUCGGUGGAUGGCAUCAACCAUGACAUUCGGACAGCUUUCGACGGGGACUACUGGCGCCUGCUAAACCCCGGUGAGUACGAAGUCACUGCUGCGGCCGAGGGCUACCAUUCCGUCACCCGGAGUUGCCGUGUCUCUUAUGAAGACAACCCCACCCUGUGUGAAUUCCGCCUGACAAAGACACCCAAGCAACGGCUGAGGGAGAUCCUGGCCAAAGGGGGCAAGGUCCCCAAGGAUCUCGCCUUGCGCCUUCGCCAGCUGCGGCUGCACAAACUGCGGUCCCAGAAACGGGCUCAGUGAGGGGGACCCUUUGACCUCUUCCUGGACAGAAAGCUGCUUCUCAGACUCCCAUUGCCUUCUUCUUCCGAUCUUAGUGGAUUCUUUCUUCAGCCUGAACGUUUUGAGUUUCUAGACACAGACCUCCGUGCCGUUGGCCUUCAAACUAUCUUGUGAUUUCUGGCCUUUGGGGAAAUUAGAUAUACCGGUAAAUCAGCCCCAGAAUUUGUUCCCAGCCCCUCAAGCAAUCGUGACAAUAUUAUCGUCGUCAUCAUUGUUUCAGCACAAUGUUCGCCAUCUUGGCACUCAUCAAGAUCCAUGUGUUUUUAAGUUCUACUUAUUAUGAACAUGUCAGAAAUGGUGCUGAAUUUCUAAAGCAACCUCUUUUGGUUUAAGCGCACCUGCACAUGCCUCUCCCGGAAGCCGUUCCCUUUAAGCUCAGAUGUGCAGAGGCUGGUUGUAGCCAUUCAGCACUCUGCUCAUGCACAAAGAAACACUCAUUCCUCAUUCCUUCACAUGUCCCAGGGUCAAACCCUGACACUGAAAAAAAUGGUUCUGGCUGAGUCCUGAAGUCACAUGAAAUCCCGGUUCAAAGCAACGCCAUCUGCCCAGAGGCAAGCAAGUCCGUUUUUCCUUCCUCUUGAUAAUCAGCCAACAUUUAGUGUAUGAAUUGAGUUACCGAAGGACUAACCUGCAUGUGGAUUUUCCGUGAUUUGUCAGGAGUUGGUGUCAGUUGAAGGAAAUCUGAACAGAGGGGUGGGUAAAAAUCCCAUCAAUAGGGCCAGAACUUUAGAGAGCUGCUGUCCCUUUAUGAUGGACAUGGAAGCCGGGCCAUUAGCUGUGGCUUCUUCCAUGAAUGCAGCAUUCUUCUGGGUAAAGCCUCACCUAUCCCAGGAAAGAAAACUUCCUUCCAUAGAACUCUUAAAAGGGCAGGAAUACUCUCAAGGACUGACAAGCUAGUCAAGGGAUGAUGAAAUCCAUCAAGAACUCAUCCCUGAACCUCCUCAUGUUAAUGCACUACAACUCCCAUCAUCCCUGGUCACUGGGUCUGCUUCCUGGGGCUGAUGGGAGUUGUGGUUCAUCAAUGUCUGGAGGGCCAAAGGUUCACCACACUGGUGCUAACAAAAUGGUUUCUUGACAGCCCAGCGCCACAAUAAAUUAAUGUUGUUAUCUGGGCUCCUAGCUUCUGAGUUCAGUGGGUGCCUUGCUGCUGAGGGCGUUGUCUUCAUUCUAAGGACCAGAUUCACACAAACAGUGCUGGCCUCCCUUCAAGUACAGCCUUCCUCAACCUUGUUGCCUUCCAGAUGUUUUGGGUUGCAACUCCCACCAUCCCUGAACUUUGGGAAGAAGAUGGGAGCUGGAGUCUGGAGGGCACUAAGUUGGGGAAAGCUGACAUAGGUAAUCAAGACUGAAGAACCGCCAGCCCCAAAACUUCUUCUUCUUCUUUGGCGAUCACUCAUAGCCGAGUAAGAGAGCCAGUGUGGUGUAGUGGGUAAGAGCG